UGUUAUUUAUAAUUGGAGAUAACAGGAGAAAAAAAGGAAUGCUCAAAGAAGAAAUGCAUUCAUAUCACCUUGUGUAGUAGUAGUAGUAGUAGGGAGGAAUUCUGAGAUUAUGUCACUGUCUUGGGUGUACAUAAAACAUUGUUAGUGUACAGACAAUUAUUGUGUUUUUGGAAAAAUCUACACACAUUAAAUCAUAUAUCUUUUGUACUUGUAAAAAUAAUUAUUACGCAACACAUAAUAAUAAUAAUCGUAUUGCAAACAAGUAUAUAUCAUAGACUGUGCUUAUUAUGGAAUUAUCUCAAGCUCAAAUUCAUUGUAAUGCUUCAGAAAUCAAUGAUAAAUUACACGUCACUUCAAAUAAUGUUAGUCUGUCAUUACCGUUAACGCUACCGUCAACUUCAAUAUCAACGUCGAUGUCGACAAGAUUUAUUCCCUCGUCAAUUCAUGAACUUUGUCAAUUAAGAACAUCAUUUAUGAUACAUGAUAUUUUAGAGAAAUCUACACAGACUACUAUGAUUAUUAAUACUACUACUACUAAUAAGGCAAACGAUAAACUUCAAAAUGAACAGUUAAAUUUAAUGAAUAAUAUUGAACACAUUGAAUACAUUAAUGGAGGAGAGGGAAAUUCGAAAAUCUCGUCAUCACCAUCAUUUAAGAUAAAAGAAUAUAAAGAGGAUAGUAAACCUGGGAUGAAAAGAAAAUAUUUUUCAAAUGAAGAUGAGUUAAAGAACACUCGAGAUAUCUCAGAUUCGAUACUGUCGACAAACAAUGAGGAGUUUAGUGCAGAGUCAAAGUUGCUGGCGGCAAAGAUUAUUUCACACUGUAUUGAUGGGUGUUCACAUAAUUCAUUUGACAAUCAUAAAGGAUCCUAUUGCAUAACAGAUUCUUUUGAAGACAACAAAACCAAUUUAAGUGAAAAUAAUCUGGUCGGUCAUUUGGUACGCCGUCGUACAACAGAACCAGGAGAAGAAGAAGAAGAACAGGAAGAAGACAACAAUGACGACAACGAUGACAAUGAUGACAAUGACGAAAGAAGUCCAGAUGUAGAUUCAAGUGAAUCCAUGUACUCUGAAAAUUCAAUAGAUCCACAUCAGUUGAAUAAAUCAUUUCAAAAUUGUAGUCCAAAUAGUAGCACACUAAUGAAUAAAAAAUCAAUGACAACAACAUCAAAAAUCAAUCACCACCUGCAUUCAUAUCAUAAUCAUCAUCAUCAUAAUUUAAAAAGCUGUGAAUAUCACAGUGGGAUGAAAAAGUCAAAGAAACCGCGUAAAGCAAGAACUGCUUUUACUGAUCUUCAAUUGAAUGAACUGGAAAAAAUGUUUGAUCGACAAAAAUAUCUUAGUGUUCAAGAUCGUGUAGAAUUGGCGGAGAGAUUAAGGCUAACUGAUACACAAGUGAAAACAUGGUAUCAGAACAGAAGAACAAAAUGGAAACGUCAAACAGCUGUCGGCUUCGAAUUAUUAGCUGAAGCCGGAAAUUUUGUAGCAGUCCAGCGUAUACUACAAACUAAUCCUUAUUGGGCAUAUCAUCCAGCUGCACAAACCAUCCUAGCCAAUAUGGAGGCAAUUAUGAAAAAUCGGACGGAGACAGAAACAGCCUACGAUUUAAGUGCUAAUAAUACUACUAAUAAUAACAGCAACAAGAAUACUAGUAAAGAAGUGAAAUCAAAUGCAUUUCGGCAUAUUUCUCAUGAUGAUUGCGCUGUACAAGAUCAAGAUUUACUGACAGUUAGUAAAGACACGUCUUGUUUUAAAUCGAAUGAAGCCAGUGUUCAACCAAUGUCUUCUUUAAACUCAAAGCAUACAACAACCUUACCAGAAGAAGAUUGUAAAACGUUGGAAUCUCCAAAUGAAUCUCAAUUCACCAUAGAGACUUCUGUCAAUGAAAAAACUUAUCCUAUAACAAUUAUGACAAAUAAUAAUGUCAAUUCUUUAGAUUCUAUAGAUUCAACGCUAAAUCAUCCCUCAGUAUUUGAAUUACCUGAUUGGUGGCCUUUUAAGUCAACUUUUAAAGAUUUAAUACAAAAUCAAAAUUUAAAAAUACAAGAUGGCGGGUAUACAGAUGUACAGGUGAAGUCAAGUUGUAUAUCUUCUUUGUCAGUUUCAUGUACAUCUUCUAAUUCUAAUACUUCAUCAUUGUUACCUUCUAAAACUUUAUCGUCGUCAACAGCAUCGCCAUCACUGUCAUCAUUAUCGUCGUGUAGUUUUAGUCAAAAUCUGCUAAUGACAGCAGCGGCUAAAUUAUUACAUUUAAAUCUACCGCCAAUCGAUUCUACACUAUUCAAACUGAAUAAUCUUAAUUGUUUAUGGCCGAGUGGAUCAUUGAAUUUAUGUUCGGAUUUAUCAACAUUGAGUACACAUGAUUUAUUGUCGAGAAAUCAAAAUGUUACCACUUUAUGAAACAAAAGAGAGAAAAAAAAGCGACCUCUUUUUCUUUCAUUUCUACUGUAUACACAGAAUAAAUUAUCAGGUCAAGAAGUCUGUAUGAACAGUCAGUGUGGAUCCAUUUACUUCAUGGAGA